CCUGAUACUAGCCUGCCUUUGUUGCAGUGAAUCACUGUAGUGUCCGCAGCCUUCCUCCAACUCCCACUUUUAAUCCCUUUACUCAUUUCCUCAUUGGCUCUUUGCUUUCUUCAUCUUUUCUCAUUCCUCCCUUCUUCCUUCAUCCCCACUGUCAUCAAAUUCGAGCCCCAAUCAUGGAGCCAGCUAGCAAAAAGCUGCGAACCACCCUCCAGUUGCCGACACCAAUGGAGACACUACCUCAAGCGAAGCCAACACGAGCCCCAAGUAAACACGCUCCCAUCAGUGAGAGAGACUGCCAGAAUUUGUUCAACUCUAAUCGCGCCCUGUGGAUUGCCUUCCCCGAAAGCUGCCGUCUCAGAAGCAACCGCCAACUUGCCACUCUCGAGAAAUUUGUCGCCGAAUCAAGCGAGUGUUCAGAUGUGUCCAGCGUCACUCGGAGUGCUGGCAUUUUUCUAGCCGUGCUUUACAAAACCACUGCUCAUCGCGACACGGCAGUUGAGUCAUUAAGGCUCGCAAGGGUUGGUUGGAAAGGCGGCUUGCAUGCCCCAAUCGUGGCUCCAUUCGCCGCAAACUCUGACCCGCAAACUUGGAGUGUGUCACUUGGUCCUUUCGCAACCCCGAAGCUUCUUUCUGCAGCACUCGAGGCCUUCUUGCUUGCUCACAAUAAGGACCAUAAGAUCGGUGCUCUGGGAUACAACAUCCGAAGACUUUUCACAAUGGGACUCCCGACUUCAACAUUUAUGGUGAUCUAGGAGAAACCAAAACAGUUUGAGGGCAAGGACUUGUUGGCUGAAUUUCAAGGCAAAGACUUCUUUGUUCAAGGACAAACAACGUUGAUCACAGCUGAACGCCUACUCGAAUGUCUCCUCUGCGGCGGUCAACAUGCCGCUGCAGUGUGCAAGAAUACGACCACCACCAACACUCUUGGCCCGGU